GAUGCUUACCUUGUGAAUAUGUAUAUACCUUUUUAGAAGAUAGGCAGUCAGUAUAUCACACGGCUGGAAAAGGAUAACCACUCCUGAAAAAUAGAAUUACAGAACUCAUCUUUUCCUGAAAAGCUGCAUUGAACUUCGAAACCAAGGAUCGUUUCGGCAGCCAUUGUAUCGAACACACAUGGGAAGGAUUCCAUAGACUUUUCACCCUUGAACGAAAUUUCACGGUAAACAGAACUUCAUUAGGAAGUUGUGUUGAUAUCUGUUCGGUAUUGGACAUUAAGUUUACCGUAUUAUACAAAAGAAAUCAGCAUGACUCAGGAGGAGACACCAGCCAUGAAUAUGACGGAGAAUGUGGAUGAUGCAGUGUUCAAGUAUCUCAGCUCUUCCGAGAUGUCAUCAGACCUAAGGAACACGGUGAUGAACCUUUUCAUGGAAUUGUUUGAGAAGGAGGCCAAUGAAACUGUGGGGAUCCUGGGAGAGAGCCGGAUGUUGUUCAAGGCCGAGCUCGCCGACUACCACCUUGAACAGGAAACACUCAAACACGAAGCGCGCACGCACGAGGAAAGAAGGCAACAGGAGGAACUCGAGUUUCAACAAAAAUCCCGUCAGUCUCGGAUGCAGGUGCGAUCAUCGUCCAGAAUGGAGGAAGAGCAACAGAGGCCGAUGAGCAGAACUCUGGCGCAGAUACGCAACGAACGAGCGCAGAGCCGCGCACAGAGCCGCGCACAGAGCCGAAACGACCGCGCUUCGAGUUCCACGAGCAUUCGGAGUAAUGACAGGCCUCUCAGUUCAAUAUCUCGACGGGGUGAGGAUGAAAGACCGAUGUCUAGUGGAAGACCGGAGUCAAGAAAUAACAGACCAGCGUCCAGGGCCCACUCGGACAGUCCACGUCCAUUCAGUACCACAGCCUCGGGCGAGCCCUCCAUUUCACAGGAAAAACUGAAACAGGAAUCCGACGCCAUAUUAUCGGGGAUGCAAGCUGCUGAGAACAAACAAAUACAGGAAAAGAAACGACAGCAGGAGGAGCUACAGAGGAAAAGGGAAGAGAAAAUAGCGGCACGCAGUGACCUUCAAAACCAAGCCAAGGCCAUACUAGACCGCGCCUUGGAAAUCAACCAAACAAAUACAUCUAACAAAGAAAAGGUAGACCUGCAGCUCCAGGCUCGGUUAGACGAUUUGAAGAAAAAGAAGAUGCAGGCUCGUGACGAUCCUCCAGUAGACGAUGACCUUGAAGAGAUCAAAGUCUGAUAAUAACAAUGUCUAACUACUCCCUUUAAACUAACUAAAUUCUAUGCGCAUGACAAUAACCCAUGCAAUCAAGCCGUGCAUGAAAUUUGGUUCCAUUGCGCAUAGACACCGAUUUACGUGAAUCAUGGUAAAGCUCAUACAUUUUCUUAACUCAUGAAUGUGUGUCGUAAAUUAUUUGUUAUCAAUUUGUGGUCGGUAAUGUCCCCAUUUCGUUUUGCUUGAUGGCAUUUAAAGCCACUAUAUUUUAAACUAUACCACAGUUGGAUAAAUAAUUCAGAGAUAGGGAGCGUAAUUCCUUUUCCGUGAACCUGGGUAUGUGCAUUUUGGGGCCAUGUGGACAAGGACGCCGGUCAAUAUUUCACAAAAACAAACAAAACUCUGGAGAAACUUUGCACACCUAUUACCAUCACAGCCUGUUUUAUAUCAACUUACAGGCCAACAAUUUAAUGGCAGAGGUGCUGGCUGUCGAUUUAACACAUCCCCUUAUUGUGAAUAAACGUUUUUUGAAGAACGGUGACCUUUGACUAUAUGCUCCUCUAUUAUGGAUGAUAAUCCGCGAUGUAGUACCGUAAUGGAUACUAAAUUGUAUAUGUUGUUAGCUUUAAAAACUCAAAAUUCUUUUAGGUCGAAAAAUUCAAUAUCUGAAAUGCAUUAAAACAAAAUUUGAGUAUACAUUUAUAGAGAUAGUUACGGCAUUUCUUGCAUAUCUAUUAACAGAUGUAGCAACUCAAAAUAUUCCUACGCGGCCUGCCUUGUACACAACGACAUCAAUCUCGAGACAAUCGAAAGUUUCAUCAAAUUAUUAGUGUUUCAUUGUUACUUUUAAUUGAUUGCGAUACUGUUUGUAGCACUAUUUCAACAUUUUAUGCUAUCAAUCAUAUUCAAUUUUAUUUUGGAGUAUGUGUUAUAACCCGGUGCAGAGCUCUGAGUAGUACAUUUAAGACUGAUCAGGUUGUUUUAUAUUGUGACGUAAUUCUAAACGUGACAAUAUGUUCCAUGAGAAGGAAGCCGGUCAUUUUGGCAUAGUUCGCUUGGCGAAAGACAGAAAGUCAAACAAGUUUUCAUCGCAGAUGAUAUGAUAUAUAAUGAAACAAGUUGGGAAAUAAGUUCCGAAAUCGUUACUAGACCGGAAAGGUCUGGUGUCGCUUUGUAUAUAAGUAUCACGUUAACUCUUGUCUUAUUUGAUGUAGAUCUCAAGUAUACCUUUCCGUUUCGCAUACAUCAUCAUAAUUACAAAGGUCCUGCUGAUGCAAAGUAAAUUAAGAUCAUGCUCACAUUUUUCCCCCUUUGAAUAACAUUUCAUUCAACAUUUGGUAGCCAUACACACAUUAGCACUUCCGCUUCCGGUGUAGCUAGACCAGCCAUUACACAUCCUAUUUGAAUUCAUCCUAUUUUCAUGUUUCAGUAUGUGACGCAGGCGCCAACUCAUAGCGCUAAGUUUUAUAGAUGACUUUUUCCUUUUUUCCUUUUAGCUUCGAUUUGAUCUAUUUUAAAUUAUUCAAUGUUCUAGUGGGUGAUUACGAUGAAACGUAUAUCCUCCUUACUCUAUUACGCCAAUUGAUCUUUUUGUAUGAACAAAGAUAAGCAAGAUUCACUGAUAUUUAUCAAAGUCGGGUGAUAGCUGCUAUUAUCAUUAUUAUUAUUGAGCUAACAUAUCCGAACCAUACACCUAAGUUACAUUUAUGUUCGAAUGUUGGUUCAGUGUAGAAGACACUAUUAUAACAAAAAGGUAAGUAUACUGUUUUAUUGGUUAUAUAAUUUGUCUGUCUUUAAUGAAAUAAAACUUCAU